AAGACUCUCCUCCACCCUCAGCCUCUCCGGACAUCUCAAAGAACAUCAACACCCAGCUCUCACCUGUCUCCAGCACUCAGUUUAAUCUGUGCAGUCAUCAUGCCCAGCCAGCUAGAAGGAGCCAUGGACGCCCUGAUCAGAGUCUUCCACAACUACUCAGGCAGCGAAGGAGACAAGUACAAGCUCAACAAGGGGGAGCUGAAGGACCUUCUGAACAGCGAACUCACCAACUUCCUCACAUCCCAGAAGGACCCAAUGCUGGUGGAGAAGAUCAUGAACGAUCUCGACUCCAACAAAGACAACGAGGUGGAUUUUAACGAGUUUGUGGUGCUGGUGGCGGCGCUGACCGUCGCCUGCAACGAUUUCUUCCAGGAGAUGCAGAAAAACAAAUGAAAACAGCUUCCAGUAGCAGCAUGUAUAACGCACUCAUACGUAGACAGUAGAUGAUACACAUUAUAUUACAUGCUAUAACCUUUUAUUGCUGUUAGCCUUUUAUGACUUUACAGCUAUACUGAGUGUGUGUGUGUGUGUGUGUGUGUGUGUGUGUGAGUCUGAAUCAGGAUCCAUUUCCUAGCGUUCCAUGUCUUUGUCAUCUAAAGUUUACAGAUCUGCCGGCUAAAGUAAGUCGGCUUCCGUGGAAUCUUAAUUUAUCAGGCGUAAUUUGUAAUUGGAUCUUAAUUUACUUAAAUACUUUAUAUGCAUUUCUUACUGUAUAUUGUAGUGCAUUAAAAGCAACAUAAAGAAUGUUAAUUAACUAUUUGUGUUCAGCAAAGCAGGUUUGAAAAAUCAGAAAGGUCUUUUAAAUGAAAUCAGCAUCUAAACUGGGCUUUGCAAUGAUUCAGAGUCACUGCGUUUGUGUGUCUGUUAUAAAUGUUAUUAAAAUAGAAUUUAAUACACUGUACUACACUGAUGAUACUUAAUAAACAUACUGGAAAUAAA